AUGGCGCAAACAGUGCCAACCAUUACUCUUACCCCAUCACCCCCGCUUUCUACUGGCGCCACUAUCGGAACAGGCGUUGCGCUACCGAUAAUUCAAAAGAAUCAAAGUCUAUGGGACAACGCAGUACAGACAGUUCCCGAGGCUGAACUCUCUUUGAUCGACUUCAAGAAUCCGGAGAAACGAGGCAUUCUUGAGGAUGUUCUCGCCCUGGCGCAGCAGCGAAGGGAAGAAUGCUUGCGCAAAAGAUGGCGCAUCAGGCGCAAGAACGGUUCUAUUAUCAUCCUCCGAGACGUCUUUGAGAAAGUGAUUGUCUGGGUCAAUAAAUUCAAGGAAGUCGGGGAUAUUGCAGUGCAAUACGACCCGACUCAUGCAUCGCUGCCCUGGGCUGGUAUCCGGAUGAUCCUCCAACUGACAAUAAACGACUCUAGUAUUUUCGGUGCUAUGCUGCAGGGUGUUGAUGCCAUCGCGAAGAUGAUAACCCGAUACGCCAUUUUUGAGGGUAUCUACCUUGCAUCGCAUGUACUCACUCCAGCCGAGACACAGCUGGCACAAUCGCUUACCAAGUUGUAUACUUCAAUCUUGGUCUUUCUUGGGAAAGCACUCCACUAUUAUUCCAAGAAUACUGCGAUGCGCUUAGCUAAGAGCGCGGUCUCGUUUUCAGAUAACAAUAUCGACGAUCUUUUGAGUGAGGUCUAUACAGCAGAGAAGUUUGUCAGUCAAGAUGCACACCUAGUCGACGCUGAUCGACACCAGGCUAUGGCUAGUAUCAUAAAACACACGGAGGCGAUGGCAAUCGACAUGAGACAAACUGCGCAAUUCAUGUCAGGGGUGCAUCCAAUGCUAGAUCGUACAUCUCAGACGCAGAUGCAAAAUUUGACGUCAGCGCUUCAGGGUCUGGAGCAACCCAUUAUCCGAAUGUCCGGGCUGUUGGUCGACUGGCAAGACAAACUUAAUGCUACCAACCGAUCAGAUGUUCUGAAUUGGAUAUCAAAUGUUCCUUAUAAGCACCAUCAUCGAGCGGUUCGAAAAGGCCGUCUUGAAGACACUUGUCUAUGGCUGUUGGAGAAACCAGUGUUCUCCGCCUGGCAGACAACGAGCUACUCCUCUAUUCUCUGGCUACAUGGUAUUCCAGGCUCGGGAAAGACAAAGCUGAUAUCUUUGGUGGUGGACGACCUCAUUGCUCAAGGAGAAAAAGAUUCAUCAUCGGCCCCGAUCGCAUAUUUCUACUGCGCCAGAAACCAAAUGGAGCCUGAACGUUCGGAUCCAGAGCAUAUUCUUUGCAGUAUUGCACGGCAACUUGUCUGCAAAUCAGUGGAGCAGCCGAUACACCAGGCUGCAUUGAAGAAGCACAAGGAAUUUGUCAAGGACAGCCCACAGCCAAUGAAGCUGUCGACCGAGGAUGCGAUUGAAAUGAUCUUGGGCGUGUUGGACGAGGUCCCGGCUACUAUCGUCAUCGACGCUAUGGAUGAAGCGGAUGCCACAAGACGGCACGAGCUCCUAGAUGGCCUUGAAACUAUCAUUCAGCAGUCUUCGAAUGUGGUGAAGAUAUUCGUCUCCAGCCGCGAUGAAAUAGAUAUUGUCUGGAGACUUGAGCAAUCUCCGAAUCUAUAUGUGCAUGCAGCCGAUAAUUCGGAUGACAUCGAAAGGUUUGUGAUAACCGAGGUUGACGUGGCUAUGCGCUCUCGUCGGCUGCUAGGAGGUGUGGUAUCUGAUAACUUGCGAGAGCUGAUCAUCACUCGUCUGACCUACGAAGCUCAUGGAAUGUUUCGAUGGGUGACCCUGCAGCUGCAGAAUCUUUGCGACUCACGUCGAAUCAAAUGCGAAGAGGACGUACUUCAAGAGCUGGGGAGACUACCAGCAUCUCUUGCCGAGACAUACGAUAUGAUUUACAACCAGAUCACACAAUCAGGAGCGCGUAGCAAGGCCGUUGGUGAGCGGGUUCUCAAAUGGUUGAUGGCCACGCAACGACCCCUAAAGAUUCAGGAAUUGCGAGCAGCAGUCUCGGUCGAGGAUGACGGACAUUACAGCCCGCUCACUACUCGCGAUAUACUCGCAAUGACUUGCAACUUGGUUGUCGAAGAUACUGAAUUGGGAAUAUUCCGUUACGCACAUACCUCUGUGCUCGAAUACCUGGAAAAACGGCCUGAGUUUGACACAUCGCAGGUGAAUGUGCUUCUGCUAGCGCGGUGCAUGGAUGUGCUCUUACAUUCCCCCAUUUCCGAACACUCACAGUGUCUAGGGGAUUCUGAGGUUUGUAUGGAAAGCUUAUUUGAAGACUAUGCUUCUGAGUUCUGGUUACAGCACUGUGUCAGCUGCAGUGAUCAGGACCGACAACGAGGGGCUUCGUCCAAGAUCAAAGCCUUUCUUUACAACGGUCUUCAAAAAUCGGAAGCUCUCUACAAUUGGGAGAAACGAAUCCGAUACUGGCGUUUAUGCGACCAGAGAGGUAGUGUUGAAUGGAUCGUUAGUCUACUCUAUCGUGAGAGUAGGCGAGGUCUGAAAAAAUCCCACGCAUUGGUAUCUCACCUGUACCAUUGGCUUAACUGA